AUGGUUUAUCCAUCAUAUGCUGCCAGUGUGUCAGCCAGUACAGGCAGAACCAUUGUUACCAAAAUUUGUCCAAUGGAAGAUGAUGCAUUUGAUCACACAGCUGCAUUAUGUGAUAUAACAUCAAAGUUUUCUGGACAUAUCACUGUCAAGUUACACAGGAAUGCCAAUAUCUGUGAAAAUGCUUUGUCUAAAACGUUAUUUAUGUUUAUUAUUUUCUUUUCUAUAUUUGCUUGCACACUUGUGUUCAUUGGGAUGAAAAUGCUCCAGAAAAAUGAAUUGAAAUCUCAAAUUUUAACAAGUGAACAAAAGAGCUAUUCUCAAAAUCUUCAAGGUGUAAUCAGCCAGUCAGUUGAAAUUGCUAAAGAUAUUAUGAAAAAACAUAAUUUAGUUUUAUUUACUCUUAUUAACAAUGCUUAUUUACCUUUUGUCUAUAGUUGGUUGUGUAACACUAUUAAUAUGGGUAUCCAUGAGCAAAUUCUCUUUAUUACUACAGAUGCUAUAUCAAAACAACAAUUUGAGAAGGAUUGGCCUAAUGUCAAAGUUGUUGUGUUGCCCGAGACUUCACUAAAUGGUAAUCAAACUUAUAGUAAAGUUGGUUAUGUAAAACUAAUGGUGAAACGUACAGAAAUUUUAAAUUCUUUAUUGCAGAAUGAUAUUGAAAUUCUUUUAUUUGAAGUUGACUGUCUUUGGGUUUCUAAUCCUAUUGAUGAAUGCAAAAAAAUAGCAUUGAAAAAUGAUAUGAUAGUUACAUGUAUUGCUGGCAGAAAAAGAUCUAUUGCUGGAGGUUUCAUAUAUAUGAAGCCUACAAACGCUGUGAAAACUCUCUGGCAAGAACUGAAUUCAAAGAUGAGACGUCUUGGCAAAGAAAUUGAUGGAAAAGAUGAUAAAAAAGCAGUAUCUGAAGGAAAAAAUGACCAGAUAUUCUUUAUGGGACUUAUUCAGAAAAAAUUUGGUGGAAUAAAAUAUGAAGUUCUUCCACGGGACAGAUAUAUUGAUGGAAAAUGGUAUGAAAUGAAAUUAGAAAAUCGUCAGAAGAAACAUGUUGUUAUUAUUAACAAUAACUGGGUAGUUGGAAAUGCAAAAAAGUUAAAACGAGCCAAAAAAUUUGGACAUUGGUUUAUAGAUGACUCAAUGAAAUGUAAAAUGGAUCAAGUUGACAGAAUAGUUUACCGUGGGUUGUAUGUGUAAUUUAAAUCAGGGUUAAAUGUAUUCUUUGGUUUCAACAUCACAUUUGUAUUCAUUUUUGGUUUCCUUCUAACAUUUUUGGUUCUCAUCAGCUGAACAUUAGUACACCGGCAUACCUGUAGUAUAUUUAUAUUUGAGAUUUAUUCAAUCAGUAAUUAAAAAUACAUCAAUAUAUACUCAAAACAUAUACAAUAGGAAUUUUGUUCAGAAUAUUAAGCAGGCAUUCAGUUUCUGAAGCCAUUGAAGAAGCUUCUCUGUAGUCACUCAGUAGGUACCGAAUAUUCUUCAAAUUUAACUUAGCGUCCUAAAAGUAAUGGAUAAAUUGAUCUGAGCAUCUCUACAUAGUAAGUAAAGAAAGCAAACAACUAAAAUACCCAUGGAUAUUGCAUUACCACAGAAACAAAAGAACAAAUGAGUUGCAUAAACAAUACAUUCUUGUUUAGGCCUACAAUCUUUUCAGCAGCUCUCAAUAAAUUACAAAAAAAAUAAAAAUACAAAUCACUGCAUAUUUCUAGCAUUUCAUCAAUAAACCAAAUUCUUAAUUACAC